GAUUCCUUUCCCUUCCCUCUUUCCGCGACAUCGCGUUAAAAGAGUGUGUGUUUAGUGAAGCGACGCGGGCUGCGCACACGCCGCCGGUUCGCAUCUCUCUUCCCGCCGAUGGAGCGCAUCUACCCGAGCGGCGCGCGCGCGCCUGGAACCCGGGGCAGCGGAGUGGGGUCGGCGGCGCCUUCUCUUCAGCCAACGACGUUCCGAAUUCUCAGCUCAGCCCAGGUGGUUCCGAGCCUCUCCAGGCCGUGCCUCAGCUGGGCGGUGCCUCCCUCUCUCUUGGUCCAGACGAGUGCUUCCUGGAGCCCCCAGGCACCAUCAUCCUCCCCAUCAGCCAAAGCCACGUGGCAGAAAGAUGCAACAAGGGAUACGGGGAAACCAAGCAGCAGGACCAGAAAGCUACCCAAGGAGCAUCCUUCUCCAGAGGAGAUGAAGAAGAGGUCGCGGAGGGAGCGGAACCGCAUGGCUGCAGCUCGAUGCCGAAACCGGCGCCGGGAGCUGACCGACAAACUGCAGAAGGAAGCGGACGACCUGGAGCGCCAGAAAGCCCAGCUGCAGGAGGACGUAGCGGAGCUGGAGAGGGAGAAGAGCCGCCUGGAACUGGUGCUGGACGUUCACCGUCCCGUCUGCAAGGUCCGCAAGUCCACCUCCAAGUUGUCGGCGCCGGCGGACGUCAGAAGUUGCUCCGCCGACGAAAAUCCACGCGGCCCUUCGUCCGGCGCGGGCGAUGACCCGUCGGAAAAGCCAAACCGGAAUAUCAGAACAGCGCCCCCUGUUGGUACCUCCACCGCUGCAUGCUUUACCCCAAAAUCUGAAUCCCUGCACGCGGUUCUCUGUGUCUCAACUCCAUCCCUCACACCGCUGUCCUUUGACUCUGUCUUCUCUUACCCAUGUUCCGCUAUUCAUCUGAAGGCGACUGAGCCCCCCCGCCAUCCCAGUCCUCGCGCGUCCAUUGACGUGUCCCCCCUGCGCUGCGGUGUUGCUUAUCGCCAUGGUAGCACCAGUGGGGACCAGUGCUCAGAUCACUCUCUGAACUCUCCCACCCUUCUGGCCCUGUGAGCUAAGUGCAGAACUCUCUAGAACUUAUUCUAUAGCUUUCCUAGAAUGUAUUCACAAAUACCAAAAAUGAGGGAAAACAAGAUUGUGUGUUUGAUCUACAAAUGUUUCCGAUAAUAUUAUUAGAAAUUCAGUGCUGAUAUUGAAAAUCGUUUUUUGGGUGGAUAGGACUGCAGAUGAGAAGUUUUUUUUUUUAAAGAUUUUUAAAAUGUAUGAAAUGUUAUGGUUUCAAAUAUGAAUGCAUAUAUUUAUUUUUAUUUUACUUUAAUAUAUUUAUGUAUUUAUAUUAGAUUGUAAUUUUUGAAAUCAAUGGAAAGGACUCUUUUAAUAAAAUUGAAUGAUCAU